CUCUUCAGCUUUCUUCUUGUUCCUACAUACACAUCUUGUCUCACCUACAUCAAACCUAGGGUUUCUUAUUAUACCAACAUCUAAACAUCUAUAUAUAUUUAUCUGUCAUAACAUAAAUCACAGAUUCACAGAGAUUCAAAAUGAUGUGUAGUCGAGGACAUUGGAGACCUGCAGAGGAUGAGAAGCUUCGAGAACUCGUUGAACAGUUUGGUCCUCAUAAUUGGAACGCCAUAGCUCAGAAGCUCUCUGGUCGAUCUGGUAAAAGUUGUAGACUAAGAUGGUUUAAUCAGUUGGAUCCUAGAAUUAACCGAAACCCGUUCACGGAGGAUGAAGAAGAAAGGCUUUUAGCUUCUCAUCGGAUCCACGGGAACAGAUGGUCCGUGAUCGCAAGAUUUUUUCCCGGUCGAACCGAUAACGCCGUUAAAAACCAUUGGCACGUCAUCAUGGCUCGUCGUGGCCGAGAACUGUCCAAGCUACGUCCACGUGAUCUUGGCCAUGAUGGCACGAAGGCUGCGACGAUUGGUUAUGACGGCUGCGAUAAGAAGAGAAGAUUGGCAACCGCAACCACUAUCAGUUAUCCUCACCAGUUCUCACAUAUUAGUCAUUUUCAGCUCCUCAAAGAGUUCUUGACCGGAAAGAUCGGGUUAUGCAAUAAUACUACUCCAAUCAACGAAGGAGCGAUAAACCAAAGCAAAAGACCGAUGGAGUUCUACGAUUUUCUCCAAGUCAAGACGGAUUCAAAGAAACCCGAAGUGAAAGACAAUUCAAGAAAAUACGAAGAAGAAGAUGAUGUUUCUGAACACAACCACAAUCACAACGAGAAUCGUGUUCCCUUUAUCGACUUUUUGUCUGUUGGAAACUCUGCCUCUCAGGGUUUAUGUUAAUCCGUACAACAUGUACUAUAAGGUAGAUCAUCUGUUAAUGACAUGUAAAGCUUACUAAUCAGUUAGAGCUCUUGUUUGAGCCAAAUGUUAACUAAGACAGCCCAACUUUUCUUGUACAUCAAAUCUAA